ACCUCAAAGUACGCCUUUGUCAUCCGGUCGCGGUAUGCGGGGCCGGCUAAACUGGUAGGGAAGGAAGCGGCCGUCUGCCAUUCUCCCCACGAACCAAACAAGACCAAUCUUCGGCGAGCCACCGGCGAACACUCACAUCAAGAGGCGGCGGAUCAAAGAGAGGAGACGAGAAGAUGGGUGGCGGCAUGGAGGUGAACAAGAACCGGUGGAUCGAGGAGUGGAACGCCGGCCGAGAGAACCUCGAGCUCAACUUCCGCUUUACGCGCCGCAGCCUCGCCGUCAUCGGACUCUUCGGCCUCGCCGUCCCCAUCCUCGUCUACAAGGGCAUCGUUCGCGAAUUCCAUAUGCAGGACGAGGACGCCGGCAGGCCGUACAGGAAGUUCCUGUGAUCAUCGCCUACUGUGGAUUUCGAGACGCCAUCUGCCGGACUUCGAUCCGGGAGAUGGAAUCUCCGUUCGGUUUGUUCCUGUACUGUUGUAAUCAGACCAGAGUAUUUUGGAAUUCCCAACUGUUGCGUGGUAUCUGUUGAAUAAGCUGUAAUGACGUGAUGUCUUUUCAAUUGCUGAAUACUGGCAAGUUUGAUUUGGUUAAUCGGAGGUGAAUCUUUGUGUUCUGCAAA